GCGCGCGAACUAAUCCGCCGAACGCUCGCGCUUGACACGCGCGUACCCGCGGACGCGCUCACACUUGUGGCUCUGCGCGGAGGCACCGCGAGAAACCGCCGAACAAAUACGAGCAGCCAAUGAAGCGAUUUCAAAUCAUAUUUGCGUCCGUGGAAUAGUGUGUGCAACGGGGCGUUUUCCCUUCCGGCACGUGACGCGUCAGAGAGAAAGAGAGUGAGAGAGAGUGCAAACUCCCAUUUGGUUGUCCUCACCCCGCCUCCUCCUUCUCCUCCUUCGCCGCCAGUGGAGCAGCAAGUGGAGCUGACGGCCGGCCAUUCGGACCGCAAGGCAGCGCAGCAUCAUCGUCCGUGACAUCCACCCGGGCCGAGAUGGAGGUACCAGGCAUAGCGCGCAACAUCAGCAGCCCGCUGAGCCCCUGCGAGGGGAUGAUCAAGGACCUGAGCCUGGACGCCAUACAGCUUUGUGAGCGAGACGGAAGUAAAUCCCAGGAUGGCGCCAUCUCCGACAUGGAGGAGCUGCCCGUCCCGCAGGGCAUCAAGAUCAGCAACAUCACCUGUGACUCUUUCAAGAUCUGCUGGGACAUGGAGCAGCGCGGCAAGGAGCGCAUCACGCAUUACUUCAUUGACCUGAACAAGAAGGAGAACAAAAACUCCAACAAGUUCAAGCACAAGGAUGUGCCGACCAAGCUGGUGGCCAAGGCGGUGCCCCUCCCCAUGACGGUGCGCGGCCACUGGUUCCUCAGCCCGCGCACCGAGUACACGGUGGCGGUCCAGACGGCGUCCAAACAGACGGACGGGGACUACGCCGUGUCGGAGUGGAGCGAAAUCGUCGAGUUCUGCACCGCCGAUUAUUCCACAGUGCAUCUCAACCAGCUCCUGGCGAAGGCCGAGGCCAUCUCCGGACGGAUGCUGCGCUUCUCCGUCUUCUACCGCAACCAGAAUAAGGAAUAUUUUGACCACGCCAGGGAGGAGCAGGGCAACCGGAUGCUCCCGUCGGUGAAGGACAACAGCGGCAGCCACGGUUCUCCCAUCAGCGGCAAGCUGGAGGGCCUUUUCUUCAGCUGCAACACGGAGUUCAACACGGGCAAGACCCCGCAGGACUCCCCGUACGGCCGCCAUCGCUUCGAGGUGCGGGCCGACGCCCUGUUCAACCCCGACACCAACCUCUACUUUGGGGACUUCUACUGCAUGUACACGGCCUACCACUACGUCAUCCUGGUGCUGGCGCCCAAAGGCUCGAGCGGGGACGACUUCUGCAAGCAGAGGCUGCCCGCCCUCGACAUCGCCGACAACCGCUUCCUCACGUGCCAGCGGGAGGAAGGCGGGGGCGACGGCGAAGGCCUGGUCUUCCGUCACGCCCAGGACGUGAUCCUGGAGGUGAUCUACACGGAGCCCGUGGACCUGGCGCUGGGCACGGUGGCCGAGAUCAGCGGCCACCAGCUCAUGAGUCUGUCCACCGUCAACGCCAAGAAGGACCCCAGCUGCAAGACCUGUAACAUCAGCGUGGGACGCUAGCGGCAGGGGGCGAGACUUUUUUUCGGGGGGGCGGGACUUUUUGGGCGUGCACUGCAGCGGGGCAACACUUGCAUGAAGCGGUGUGUUUCAGUACAGCCACACUUAAGGCCAGCUACACUGACAUGCUAAGUCCAAGUUUUUUUUUUUUUUUUUUUGGUACCGUUACUUUUUCCUCGCCGAAAGUUCACAUUCUGUUCUCGUACUCGAACUAAUUCCGAAUAUUUGGGAGGAAGUUGAAAAAAUGUUUUGUAGAAAAGGGAAAGAAAAAUUCUCAUAAUACAGUUGAGGAUGCCCUCCACAUAACAUGACGUAAACCGCAAAAAGUGAAAUACAUGAUACAGAAAGUGUCUUUAAAAAAAACAAAAACAAAUUAAUAACAAAUAUAAACAUUAAUAUAUAGUAUAAAAUAAUAUCUAAUAAAUGUAGAUUAAAAUGACUUUUUCAUUUGGUCAGGCGUAGUGACGCAAUGCCCCGUCAACCCAAUUUUCAUCCAGGAAAAGGCUCCCGUUUCAACCCAAGCUCACAAACACGACUGCUUCUCGGCUUGAUUUACAUUUUUCUGUUUUGUUCUUGUUCUGCUCAAACGUCGUUCGUCUUUCUCGAUUGAUUUUGAUCCCUUUUGUUUGCCGUUCCAGCGGGAGACACCUUCUCGCUACCUCCCAACUCUGGCAUGGACUGAUAUUUCCGACUUUGCGAGGCCCCAGCUUCCUGUCAUUUCUCAAAACCAAAGGUACUAAAAACAACUAAGACUUUAAAACAAAACAAAACAAAAAAAAAAAAACAAGCUGCGGAAUCGGACUAACUCGUGCAACAGGCCUCGAAAGCGUGUACUGUGAUGGACAAGCGUGAUAACCUUUAAAAAACAAACAAAAAAAAAAAGCAUGAUGCAGUCUUUUUGCAGCACGGGUGUACUGUGAGUGUCGUCGCCAUGACAACCAACCCUUUCUGCAACACUGUUGUCGUGUCGUGCAAAGUUUGGUGGAAAGGCAAAAAAAAAAAAAA